CCAAUAUAUUCAACAAAAUCAUUUUUGCUAAACCCAAAUAAAACAGGCAUUAUUGCUGAAUAUAAAAGAAAAUCUCCAUCAAAAGGAAUAAUAAAUGACAUUUCGAAAGUUCAAGAUAUUACAAAAGGAUAUGAAAAUUUUGGAGCAAGUGCUAUUUCAGUUCUUACUGAUAAUCAGUAUUUUGGUGGUUGUAAUGAUGAUAUUUUAAAUAUUAGAAAUGAAAUAAAUAUUCCAAUUCUUAGAAAAGAUUUUAUUGUUGAUGAAUAUCAAGUUUAUGAAACAAAAUCAAUAGGGGCUGAUUUAAUUUUAUUAAUUGCAGAAUGUUUAACCCAAGAAGAAGUUAAUAAUUUAUCUCAAUUAGCAAAAAAUAUUGGUUUAGAAGUGUUAUUGGAAAUGCAUUCAGAAAAUGAAAUUGAAAAAAUUAAUGAAAAUAUUGACAUUAUAGAACCAUUUACUGAACAGCUAAAUAAUAGAUUUAAAUGGUUUGAAAAUACUGUAAAUUAUAUAAAUCAAGAUUUUGGAAGCAUAGAACAAUUUGCUUCUGCCUAUGAAUAUUUUGGAUUUAAUUAUGAUGAAGACAAUAAAGGAUGGUGGUUUAGAGAAUGGGCUCCUAACGCUUAUGAAAUAUCAUUAAUUGGAGAAUUUAAUGAUUGGAAUCAUCAAGCCAAUUAUUUAAAUAGAAAAGAUUUUGGAGUUUGGGAGAUUUUUUUACCCGAUUCGAUUUAUAAAAAUAAAUUAAUUCCUUUUUCAAAAGUAAAAUUAAAAAUAAGAGGAAUAAACGGAUAUGUUUAUAGAAUACCUGCAUAUAUAAGAAGGGUCGUUCAAAAUGAAGAUAGUUCUUUUGAUGGCCAAUUUAUACCGAAUUCAAAUUUUCAAUGGACAGAUAAAUCCUUUAAAUGCAAUUUAACAACCUCUAAACAUCCAAUUAUUUAUGAAAGCCACAUCGGAAUGGCUACAGAAGAAUUUAGAAUAGGAACUUAUCGAGAGUUUGCUGACAAUAUUCUACCUAGAAUUAAAAAUUUAGGUUAUAACGCUGUGCAGUUAAUGGCAGUUAUGGAACACCCCUAUUACGGCUCUUUUGGCUACCAAGUAUCUAAUUUUUACGCUCCAAGUUCUCGUUUUGGAACUCCUGAUGAUCUUCGUUAUUUAAUUAAUAAAUCUCAUCAAUUAGGAAUAUCUGUAAUUUUAGAUGUAGUUCAUUCUCAUUCCGUUAAAAAUUUAAUUGAAGGUUUAUCAGAAUUUGAUGGAACGGAAAUUUAUUUUAAUGGUCAUCAUCCAGAUUGGGAUUCAAAACUUUUUGAUUACGGCAGAAUU